CCACCCAUUAUAACAUUACAAAAUAUGGCGGUUUUUGCCGUGGUGAGCAGUUUGCAAAAUCAUUGCCUCAGAGCAGUAGCCGGCCAGUUACCAAAUCAUGAAACCUCGUUAGCCCAGCUUCCUGUCGAGAUUAAGACAAAGCUGGUUAAUCUGCUAUCAAAACGAGGUCUUUUAACGGACGCAAAUCUUGGAAAUGUAUUACACCCAACACUUAGGGAGCUGGAGUUGUGUGAAUGUGCAAUUUCAGACAGAGGACUUUCUUUCAUCUGUGUUUGUAAAAACCUAAGAAAAUUAGACUUAAAUGCCACCAAGAAUUCCAGAGCAGAUGUUACAUCUGAAGGUAUGAGCAGAGUGUUUUUAUCUUGUUGUUGCCUUCAGACUGUGUACCUCCGCAGAUGUGUUAAUCUUACAGAUGAUGCUGUUGCUGCUUUGACACAAAACUGUUUGCGGUUGGAACAUCUCAAUUUAUGUGGAUGCAAUAAAAUAACAGAUACAUCUCUCCAGCUCAUAGCCCACAACUGUAAAUUCCUUCAAAGUCUUAAUCUCUCAAAUACUAAGGUUACUGAUAAUGGUAUACUGUGCUUGACAAGUGGAAAAUGUCAACAUUCUAUCAAAGAAGUCCAAUUGUCGCAUUGCGUGAACAUCUCAGAUGACAGCAUUGAGGCGUUACUCACUUGCUGUCCAAGAAUAAACAUUCUUAUCUUUGAUGGCUGCCCUAAUGUCACUGACCGAUCCCGUCAAGCUCUUGAGGAGGUUAUGCUCCGCGGCGGCAAAAUGAAACAGUUAUCAUGGACGGUAUAUUAACUGUAGUAGCUGAAUUUGUGACCUGUAACAUAUCAAUAUUACUAAGCUUCUGACAGCUUGUUCAACCUCAACGGUAUCGUCAAAAAAGCAAAGGCAUUACUCGGCAUCCAGUGACGUUCUUCCUCUGUCGCUUUACCUUUUAGCUUAAUUUAUCCCUUCUUUGUCACUUUUGUCGUUCUUAACUCAUGUU